AUGGACAAGAUGGCUGGUAGGAUGAAGGUCCGGAAGUACCGAUUUUUUAAAGACGCGGACACAGAGGGGCUGCUGGAGUCGAAAAUGGGCAUUGGAACACUGGCCGUGGCGGGAGAGUUUGUUCCAGUUCCUGACCUCUCCACUGUGAAAUGGAAGAAGGGGGCAGAUAUCAACGUUAGAAUGACUCAGGACAUGGAAACCUGCUUGAUAAGUAGCUCAGCCCUGAUCUCGCCUGGCCUCUUCCUUCUCGCUGACUGCAAUAAUAACUGUGUCAAACUGGUAGACGUAAGCAGCCGCACCGUCACGGCCCGCCUCCAGUUGCCAGGCCAACCAUGGGACGUGUGUGUGCUCGCUGAUGACCAGGCCGCCGUCACUUUCGCGAUUAAUUCCAUGAUUCAGCUGUUGUCAACAAAAGGAGGACAGUUGACGCGUGGAAAGGAAAUAAAAGUAUCACCUAAGUGUCGUGGCAUUACGUCUUAUAACAACAGAUUAUACGUUUUUUACAAAUCAAACCCGCGUAUUGAAGUGAUGACAUUGGAUGGUCACAUCAUAAGUGCAUUCCAUAAAGAUGAUGGAAGACAAUUUUUCCAAGCACCAUAUUACCUGACUGUGUCAGCAUCAAUAUUACCGACCCUGUACGUGUCUGACUCCGAUACCAACACCGGUCUCCAGCUGUCUCUGGACGGGAAGGUCCUGCGGGAGUACCGAGACAAGCAACUCAUCCGUCCCGAGUCCGUGGUGGAGGUAGGGCCUGGUCAGAUUAUCGUGUGUGGGCGGGACAUCCACAACGUGUUGCUGCUGUCGGAGAGGUACGGCAAGAUGACGGAAAUACUGGGACAGAAGGACGGUUUGACCAAACCCUUCUUCGUUACCUUCUGUCCUCACACACGUGCCAUAGUUGUCGGGAUGCGCGAUAAUAACUCCCUGAAUGUCUUUAAUGCAAAAUGA